UUUGUACCAUCAUUCUGCAUCUCCCUCUCUCUUUCUCUCUCUCUUCUCUCUCUCUUCUCUCUGCAGAGUGCAGAGCAUUUAAUGUAGGCUUAUAUGACUCUUAUAUGACUCUUCUUCUUCUGUAAAUGCAGUAAUAGAAUCCAGCCUUUCAUAUGAACAUCUGCAGCUGCUUUUCAUUGAAGUUUUGUUUGUUGCUCUUGGCCUGUAUCUUCUUCUGCAUCUGCAACACACACACACACACACACACACACACACACCCUCUCUGUCUCAAACAUACAUAGAGAGAGAAGAGGGAGGGGAAAUUGGGUCUUAGAGACCAUGAUGAAGAGAAAAAGAUUGAUCAUUCAUGGCCUUUUCCUGGUGCAGUUCUUCUACAUGGCCUAUGCAGUUGGAGCAGCAAGACAUCAGAAGGCCGAAUCCAUGACGCCGAUCCCGACCUUCUCGCCGCCGGAGGGCAACACCACAUUUGUAGAGGGCACGACGUGGUGCGUAGCCCGGCCCGGAGUGUCCCAGGCCGACCUCCAGAACGCCCUCGAUUGGGCCUGCGGUCCGGGGGCCACCGACUGCUCCCAGGUGCAGCCCGGCGGGCCUUGCUUUCAGCCCGACACCCUCCUCUCUCACGCCUCCUUCGCCUUCAACAGCUACUACCAGCAGAAUGGAAACUCUGACAUUGCAUGUAACUUCGGCGGAACCGCCGCCAUCACUAGCAAAGAUCCAAGUUACGGAUCCUGCUCGUAUCUUACCUCUGAGCCCUCUUCUGCGUCGCGCUGGCUCCGAAGAACUUCUCUGUGGAAAAUAUGGGCCAGUUUGAUCAUCUUGUACUUGAAAUUUGGCCAUUGAUGUUUCUGUUGAAGCGCAAUUUUUGGUAGAUUUAAAUCUGUAUUUACUGGAGCUGCGUAUCCAAAUUACAGUUCAACUUUUGGUGAAAGUUAAUUAGGCUCGAGUGGCAAAUUUUUGUCUAUAUGGAUUGAAUUUCAUGAGGAGUUACACAUCUUCAUAAAACGGUCAUAUAGAUGGAAUUAGUUAAAAAUGAAGAGUGUAAAAUAUUAUGUGGAACUUCAGAUUUUAGUUGCUA